UCCAGACAGAACCUCUCGCUCUCUUUCUUGUGCUCAAUUUUGUUCUCGAUUGAUUAGUUCAUUUCAGAUUGGCCGAUGUUGAUAGAUAGACCGUGUCGACAUCGCUAUGGAAGUGCUGACUCCGUUAUGCUCUCCGAUGAAUCUAAGACCGGGGCCGGUGUUCGACUUCACGCUGACCCGCACUCCGGAAGAAAUGGCCUUGUACGAUCGAUUCGGUGAGGCCUACCAACAACGAGUCGAAACCUUUUCGCCGUGUUCGCAACUCCAUCUCAAGCGUUUGAUCGCCUAUGAAGUGCCCAACCAUCCUCGAGUCAUGUUUCGAAACCACGGCGAUGUCGAAGGAUUGAUGGCUUGCUCGGAAGUCGAUCUACCGCCCACUCCGGGCAUUUCCUCCCAAAUAGCCACACCCAAGUCUCCGGGUCGAAUAACACCGCGAUCGCUCAAACCCAGUGAGAAUUCCAGGCUUCUGUCCUCGCCUCAAGUCCCCCCUGCUUGGGGGAAAGGUUCGAGCAAGAAGGCGGGCACUAUUCCCCCCAAUGUACUGUUGAACGUAAAACCCAUGGCAAUGUUGUCGGCCAUCAAAAAUCGGAAGGUGGUGAAGAAACUGCGGUUUGAUACGGGAGCUAACCAAAUUCGGAAAAUAUCCAAGUCCUAUUCGGAUUGUCUGGAGCAAUUGGGCUGCCCUGAUCCCACCUUCCAACCCACUCUUCCUCAGCAGCCGCUCUCUUCCUCCAAAUUAACAUCACAUUCCUACCGACGAGUGCGCAAAGUCCGUCGGAUAUCCAAAUCUUUGGCCGACUUGUCAAGGUUCUCCGAUAACACAAUUAUGAGCGUAACGGAUAGUAACAACAACAAUUCGGCCAAUUAUGAUAAUCACCAGAGUCGUCACGAUGGUCCUCCUGACGAUGGUCCUCCUGACGAUGCAGGUCCAGCCAAGGACAGAGGUAUGAUCAAGCGUUCCAUGCGUUCCAGAAUACCGAGGUUGAAACCCAAUUUCAUGGAGGGAUUGAAAAAAAUUGCCGUAGACGACCGAAAUCAUUAACACAUUAGCAUUGGUUCAUGAGCCCGACCAAUAACUGACGCGAUUACCCAAUCGGAAGAUUUAUUUUGUUCAUAACUGACUUGAUAAUAUCUGUAUAUGAGACUGUAUCUUGAUCCCAUAAAUAGAUCACGAGUCUGCCAACAAAGCUAAGGGAGGUUUGAAAGACGUA